AUGAUCAAGGCGGACGGUGGUUGGAAGGCGUUUUGGCGCGGCAACACGAUCAACUGCUUCAAGGCAGGGCCCGAGUUUGCCAUUGUCUUUUCGAUUCGCCGCUACCUGUCGUCGCUGUAUGAGGAUGGCGUCGAGCGGGAAAAGGCGCGCAAGAAGAUCUUGCUAGCGCGGUGGAAAGCAAUGGAUGAGCGCAGCGCCUCCAUCAACUGCCGCGGGCAGGAAACGCGUGAGCUCAUGAAGAGGGACACAGAAGAGCCGAGAGCUCGCACUGGGGAAACGGGGUUUCAGAGCAUCAUCGAUGGCACACAUAGCACCUGUCGCGCCGGCCAUUCAGCAGUUGUUUUACCUGUAUCCCCAGCGACAUCCGUCACUCAGACGCUGACAAGCAACGAGGUCCGGCAGCGGGAGCGCGCCAUCUCGGUGGAGGCGUCUAUCCUUACCCCUCCUUUUCACAGACUGGGAUGCAUCUCUACACUGCCACAACUCGCUGUGAACUGCACGAUCGGUGCGCUCGCCGGUCUUGGCGCGCAAGGCAUUCUAUACCCGCUCGAGGUGGUCAAGACGCGUGUUGUGGUGUCGCGGAGCAACGAGUACAAGGGUGGUGUGGCCGAGAUUGUGCGCGUUGCCUACCGCAAGGGUGGUGUAAUGGAGUUCUACCGUGGUUUCGUGCCGAACAUGGUCGGCAUCGUUGUCUACCGAGGCCUGGAAAUGGGCCUCUACUCCAGCGCGCAGCAGUCCAUCAUGAUAUAUCGAAUGCAGGUGAAGAAGAUGAAACGGCACGAGGCGAGCUUGAAUGCGGCCGAAGUCGGCGUGGUUGGGAUGUUCUCCUCCACGGUGGCGCAGACUGUUUCGUACCCAUUGAAUGUGAUACGGACGCGACUGCAGACACAGGGCACCAACGGCCGAGCGAAGAAGUACAGUGGAAUGGUAGACUGUAUGGUAAAGAUGAUUCGCAACAAAGGUGUCACAUCGUUAUUUAGCGGACUGACCGCGAAUUACCUCAAGGCAGUGCCGGCGAGCGCCUGCACAUUUGUCGUCUUCGAAUGGGCGCAGCGGCUGCUCGUCGAUGAUGAUUGA